GUUUAUAUUUGGGAUUCUACUCUACCAAUUGCAAUUCCUAUUGAAUCGUUUAGUUUACCAACACCCAUUUCUCGAACUGCUGGCAGGCAAAAACUUAAGAUACCCGAAGAAGGUAUUCCCUACCUUAUUCAGUUAGUUCAUCGAAGUAAUCUGGGCCGCGGCAAGUUGGCCUUUGAGUUCCGCGUUUUCUGGCAGCGUUUUACCUCUGGUACCUUGCUCAGUCAACCAGAAUCUGGGAAACCACUGUUGCGCUAUUCCCAAUAUAAGCGUCGGCUUGAUAGAACAGCUGGAGUCUGCGGCCGAACUUCUUUAGGCGAUCCUUCCACUCCAAUAACAAUGGUUGGCAGUGGUGGCGGCGCCCGAAAGGAGACGACUGAGAAUGCGACACCCCCUACCAGCCUAGCCAACAUAGUAGAAUUCGAAACACUGCCAUUAAAUCAAACGCGCGUACUAGCUAAAAUAGGCGAGCUUUUCUCCUUUGAAGAGAACCGGUAA